CUGUGAUUCUUAUGCUUGUAAUGUUUCUUUUGAAAAUGACAGUUUAAAUUGAUUUGAAGGGGUCAGAAUAAGGAAAUAAAUUGAAGCUAAGAUACCUAUUCAAGUAGGACUUGGCAUGUCUUUUUAAAGGUUUCAUAGAGUUAUGAGCAGAAAAUAAGUUAGACUCGCGUUAAAGUUUUUUAAUUGUGAAUAAUAUUCUCCUUUUAUUAUUGGAUCCAUUUGGACUAUUUUUAAUAUUUUAGCAAUUGACCGUCAACACCCCUUCUGAAUUUAAAUAUGUCAUCUGCCGUCAAGUUAAUUUCGCUCAUUCCGGCGCUUUGUGUGAAACUGGCAAUACAUAUCAAGACAAAUUUACCUUGGUUGCAUAGAGUUUUGAUUCUCACACAUGGCUCAAUAAAGCAAUUGCUUUUUUUGAUGAUUUUGAAGAUGUGCACUAAAGUAGGUGUUUAUCAAGAAGCAUACCGAAAAGAUGGAUUCAAAGGACUCAUGAAAGCCAUUGUUACUAGUAUUCCUGAAAUCAUUAUUGAAUUAUUGGGAGAUCCACGUGCUGUAAUCGCUUUCGUUGGUCGACUGUUGACCCGUAAAGAAAUAACAGAAAUGUUCUCAAAGCACUCUGGAUUGGCACUACUUAUUGGCUCUUUUGCAGCCAGAUUAGCCUGAAUAUUUCGCCUACAUUAUCGAAGACUCAACCUGGACUAAACUCACUCAAAAAAUAUAUCACUCGGUCAAUAUGGUUAUAAAUUUUGCUAAGAUGCUUCAUCUUUGCUGUAAUAAUUUUUCUACAAACACAUUUGUGAUUAAAUUAGAUAUAAAAAAUUUGGUAUAAAAGUUCAGCUGGGAUGGUAAUCCAAUGAUUCAGAAAAAAGCACAGCAAAUUGAAUAAAAUCACUCAAAAAAAUAUGUCAAAAGCUUGGUUAUUUCGGGAAACGUAUUCUCUGAUAUUAAGUUUGUAAGUCAACUUAUAUUGAUACCUGUAAAUUGCCCAAUUGAAAUGAUACUCUAUUUCCCUGUAUAAUCAUUCACUUGAAUCAAAACCGAAAUUCGCAGUUAGGUCAAGCUGAUUCCACCUACGCCUGAUGGUAAAAAUUAGUGCCUGUUUAAUAUUGUUGAAUUGAAGAUGUACAAAUUAUGUAUUGUGUUCAACUUCCAAAUAAAACAACUUUUGUUCAGAUUGGAUUCAAACCUUGAUUAACCAGGUAGCUAUUAUUGAAAAUUUCCCAAACAAUUUGAUUACAGGGUUUCUUUGGUUUGAUCUUGACCUGUUACAACAAACAGCAGUUCAAAACAUCUGAAUAUUAAGGGAAAAAAAUAUUCAGCAUCAAUAUUUGAAGUUAAAUGACAAUUGAACCCUCAAAAUAAGAGAUUCAAAUUGUUUUGAUACAAAUUUUAUUUAAAGAAAUCAUUUCCAUGACCGAAAGCCUCAAAAAAUGUCAAGAGGCCAAAAUAAUAAUUUUCGUUAUUCUCAAAUUAAAAUAAGCUUUGAAUGUGAAUCUGUUUUUGCCUUUUUACGGAUCCACCUUAUAAACUAAUGUGAAUAUUUUUGUAUCUUUAUGCACUUCAACUCAUUGGAUGUCAAUUAUCAAUUGUAAUCAUUGUAAUCAUCUUGAUUUUUCAUCUCAUUUCGAUUGUUUCCCUGUCAUCCUAAAGUUCUGUGUGUGGGUUAACCUUAAUUUUAAGGUCGUCAUUUUUGAAUAUAUUUUUCGCCAGCAAAGUUGACAAUAAACCAUUGAGAAUGAUCUUAAUAAUUGUUCACUCUUAAUGGCCUAUAAGAUGUCGCUCUUAAUUGUCAUUGUCAUUGUUAUGGUAGAUUGAUUGGACCUGGUCUGACCGAGACUAAUGAUUUUAAACCCGCAAGUUGUUCAUUUUUUUUAAGUGAAGAAAUAAACAUCAAACUUACCUUGUCUAUACUCUAUUAGACCUGUUGUUUGUUGUGUACUUUUGUUGUUAUUAUUAAUGUUGUUAAUUUGGUUAGCAAAGGAGAACACGCAACAUCAACAAGAAACAGUUUUCCCAAUUUUUCUCCACCAACAUAACAGCAACUCAACCCAAGGAGUCUACUCAAGUAAAUCUCAUGUUCAACUGUCACACUACCCUUUUUGGCUCUUCUUUCGCAUUUUUAUAUCCAGUUAUUUAAAUCCUUCCUGUGUUCAUAAUUAAUAUCAAUGUUUAUUGAUUACUUUGAUUUGAUAAUCUCAACUUCCAUUAAAUACACAGCUUGGAAACAUGUAAUAUGACAUCUUCAUAUUAACUUUGGUUGACCAUGGUUUGGUUUGUUUACAUUAGUUUCUCUCAUCUCUGUAUAUAGAGAAACCUUCUGUGAUCUUCUGUUAUCCGUUUUUAUUUUAUGGUUGGUUGGUUGGAUCUGAAAAUACCCAAAAAGACCUGAUGCCAUCGCCACCUAACAUUGGUAAUUUCAUUUUAAGAGAAGAAGAUGUCGUUCGAAUGGUCCUUGAAUUUCUCAAUAAUCGAGAGCUCAGUAUAAGCCAGUUAAGCUUGGAAAGAGAGACCGGUGUUCACAAUGGUCUCUACUCUGAUGAUCUUCUCUUUCUCAGACAGUUGAUUCUAGAUGGUCAGUGGGAUGAUUGUCUACAAUUUAUUGAGCCCCUUGAAAUAUUACCUGAUUUUGAUGGCAAAGGGAUUAAAUAUUGUCUCUAUAAGCAUCAAUAUUUGGAGCUUUUGUGCAUCAGGUCUGAAGCGGGGCCUUAUCAGAAUGUCGAGGUAGCUGUAAAUGAAGUCGUGGAAUGUCUCAAGGAGCUGGAGAAAUGUUGUCCAUCCAAAGAGGAUUACAAUGAACUAUGCUUAUUGUUGACAUUACCUUCAUUGGGACACCAUCCUGAUUAUAAAAGUUGGAAUCCAAGUAACUCACGGAUUAAAUGUUUUAACACAAUUUACUCGCUGGUUGAAAAAUAUUUACCAUAUGAAAAGAAACCCGAUGAAAAAGUUAGAGAAGCCAAAGCUGAUAGGUUAUUACAGUUGAUUAUCAAAGGAAUAUUGUACGAGUCUUGCGUCAAAUUUUGUGAAACAAAAGCCACAUUUGCAGCUAAAGAUGGAGAUGACAAAUUAAAAUUUUGUAGUUUAUUGGAAGGAUGUGGAUUCAGUAGCGGGGAUCUUAGUCUUUUAUCAUGGCUACAAAGCAUUCCUGCGGAAACUUUUUCAUAUCCCUUUGAACAGAAGACUUUGAACGUAGAUGUUGAACAAAUUCAAAAGCCUUCAUUGGUUGCAUCCUGGUCCGAAGUAAUAAUGAUCACGCCAAUCAAACCUAAAAUAUUUCCUCAUCUUGCCACACCAUUUACUCGACUUAAAGCAUCCGAUUUAAUGUCGAAAUCGUUGACUUCAGGAUUACUUGAUAGUCUCCCAAGGAAUCCAAUGGUUUACUCAGUUGGAGAGAUUGCAGAAAUGUCCAGAUCAUCCAUAGCUGGACUCGGUUUUCAUUUAAAGUCUAAUUCAGUUGAAAAUAAAAAUGUUGAUCAAAAUGGUGUUGAUAAACUUUUUGAAAGUGAUUUGGUGUUUAGCUCAAGUUGCAUUGAUAAAUUGCCAAUGAUUGAAGAAAAAUCACCAAUUCAAACUGAACCAGAGAAAAAAAUAACUCAUUCUGAACCAAAGGAGCAACAACAGCUGUCAUCACCAAAUGAUACUCAAAAUGGCGUGCCAAAGAAUGUAAUUAGUUCCAAGAGUGCCAAUCCAAUCACUAUUCACCCCCCUUCAUCAAUCAACGAAUCUCCCGAUUUAUGGGUUAAAUUUCAGAAACAAAAGAAACAGACAUUAGAUAAAUCACUAUGGGAAGAAUCAAUAUUAAAGGAAGAUUCACAAUAUCAUAGUCAAUCGUUUGUUCAGAGUCAACAUGCUCGACAACCAAUUCAUCAAUCAACUUCAAACUCAUCUUUAACUGGUGCCAAUAUUAGUCAUCUAUCAACACCAAGCUCUGCCAAUUCUUUCAAACCGAGAUAUGAUUCUAUUCCAGAAUCUUCACCUAUUCCUAUGAAUCCCUUCUUAAAACGUGGACAAAGCCUAAUGGUUUCCGUGAACAGCAAUAAAAAGUCACCACUUCAACCUACACAUGAAAAUGAGCAACAACAACAACAACAACAACAGGAUAAACAGGAACAAUCAGUCAAUGAAUUAUCUCUAAAGCAUGGACCUGGACACAAAAGUCUCUCAAGCAGUACGACUACAGUUUACAGUGACAAAAAAGCUCAGUUUAUUCCAGUUACCCGGUUAGAGGAUGCCCAAGCUAUCCGAGCUGCUGAAUUUCAUCCAAACGGUAAACUUUAUGCCAUUGGAUCUAACUCUAAAACACUAAGAGUUUGUUCAUAUCCAUUGGGCAAUGAACUUCGAGCAAUAAAAGAGGGUCAUGAACCUUAUCAGCCAACUGUUCUCUUCAAGCGAUGCAAACACCAUAAGGGAUCAAUCUAUUGUUUGGCUUGGAAUUCUUCUGGAGAUUUACUUGCUACUGGAUCAAAUGAUAAAACUAUCAAAUUGAUGCGCUUUGAUGCGGAUAGAUGUGAUAUUGUUGGAACUGAAGCUGAGCUUACUAUGCAUGAUGGAACUGUCCGAGAUCUUUGCUUUAUGGAAGACUUGACCAAUGGCUCCAAUCUAUUGAUCUCUGGUGGUGCCGGUGACUGUAAAAUUUACAUUACAGACUGUGAAACCGCCACACCUUUCCAGGCAUUAUCGGGUCAUUCAGGACAUAUCCUUUCUCUUUAUACUUGGGGUGGUGCAAUGUUCGUUAGUGGAUCACAGGAUAGAACCAUUAGAUUCUGGGAUCUUCGAACUCGAGGAUGUGUUAAUCUAAUCACUGCUCCACCAGCAGCAGGAUCAAUCCAUGGAAGCGCUGUCUCAGCUGUUUGCGUUGAUCCAUCAGGAAGACUUCUUGUUUCUGGCCAUGAAGAUGCUAACUGCAUGUUAUAUGAUAUCCGAGGAGGACGAAUAAUCCAAACCAUUCGACCUCAUUCAUCUGAAGUUCGAACUAUUCGAUUUUCUCCCAAAGCUUAUUACCUUUUGACUGGAGGUUAUGACAAUAAGAUUGUUCUCACCGAUCUACAAGGUGACCUUACCCAGCCUUUACCCAGUAUUGUUGUCGCUGAACAUUCGGACAAAGUAAUUCAAGGACGCUGGCAUCCAAAUGAUUUCACAUUCCUCUCAACAAGCGCGGACAGGACAGCCACACUUUGGACUUUACCAAAUUAAAUUUACACCCGAAAGCCUGUUUGAUCAAUAAACAACAAAUCAACUGUUUAACAAUUUUUGCGGAAAGAGUCACUUGAAAGAUGAUCAAUAAUGUAAUUUCACCCGUUCAUCAAUUCUGAAUCAGUCAAUAUUUACGCAAUGGUUAGGAAUAUAUAUAUAUCAUCAGUAUUUUUUGUAACAUUGAUCUUCAGGACAUUUAAGGAUCCUCUUUUCACUAAUUAAUUUUCACCGUUUGCAAUAUUUUUCAAUCUCAUUUAUCGAUAAACUAGUUAAGUUGAUUAGAAUUCUGUUCUCGUUUGCAUUUACACAAAUGGACGCGUUCUUUACCUGUGAUCUCUCAUAAUACCUCAUUUGUAGGAUUAAUGACACACAAUGUAGAAUGGAUAUAAACCAAACUGAGCAAAAUAAUCAACAGAUGAUUAUAUACUUAAUUGAUUCAUAACAAUGGUUAAAAUAUUUAAACUUGAAACCAUGUUAACUUGUAAACAACCUUUAACUAAGUUGUAUUUUCACCCAUUCAAUCUAACAAUCUACUUUUAUUCAUACUUGAAUAUUGAUCAAAAAGACUAAGCAGAUCGAUUGAAAUUGGUGGUUAAAAAAUAAAAACAAUACCAUUUGCUUGAAUAACGUAAAUAUUAACUGAUUGACAGGUCUGAACCAUUUAUAUGAAACAAUUUGAUUACUCAUUGAUUAUAACGAAAAGAAAGGUUCAAAGUUAUAAUAAUAUUUACUCGUUUAAAUUACAACAAAGUGUAAAUGAUUAUGUGAAAUGAAAUUGUAAUGUUUUAACUGACUGUGUAAUAAUCGGUCAAAAUUUAUGCCCAUAAAUCAAAUCACGAUCUUCUUCCUGAUUGUUUCAAUCACUUUUCAAGAGGAAAAGGAAAGAGGAAAAUGUGAAAAUUUAAUUUAUUCAA